UCUGUCCGGAUUUGAUGAUGUCCGUCAUUGUAAAAGUUGAAAUAAAAGCAGAAGGCGAAAUUAGUGCACCCAUUGAUGAGAAGGUUGUACUUAACAGCGAUAUCCCUAUAAAGCAAGAAGUUAAUGAGACUACGACCAGUGCGGAUUAUUCUAAUGUCACCUGUAAGUGGGAAGGUAAAAAUGAAGACUGGACAGAUUUCCCACAUGCUAAGCAUUCAAGAGAAGGUUUAAAAUGUGCCCAAUGCGAUUAUGAAACCUUUAAUAAGUCCAAUUUGAGAACGCAUUUGUUAAAGCACGAAGCUAUCAAAGUGUUACAAUGUGAUCAGUGUGGUUAUCAAACAAAUUGGAAGUCCAAUUUGAGAACACAUCUGGUAACACACAAGAACACCAAAGAUUUAAAAUGUGACCAGUGCGAUUUUGCAACAAAUUACAAAUCCAUCCUUAGAAAGCAUCUGUUUAAACACAACACUACUACAAAAGAACACAAUGUUAUGAAAGAUUUAAAAUGUGACCGGUGUGAAUAUAAAACUAGUGAUAAAUACAAUUUGAGAACACAUCAGCUAACACACAAGACCGUCAAAGAUUUUCAGUGUACCCAAUGUAAAUUUGCAACUCAUUAUAAGUACAAUUAUAAUAAGCAUGUCUUAUUACACAAGACUAUCAAGAAAUUAAAAUGUGACCAGUGCGAUUUUGCAACCAAUUACAAAUCGAGCUUAAAUGAACAUCUAUUAUUACACACGACUAUGCAAAAUUUAAAAUGUGCCCAAUGUAACUACAAAACCAAUGUCAAAUACAAGUUGAGAAAACAUCAGCUAACGCACAAGACCGUCAAAGAUUUUCAGUGUACCCAAUGUGAUUUUGCCACACAUUAUAAAAACCAUUACAAUAAACAUCUCUUAAUUCAUGAGACCUUCAAGAAUUUAAAAUGUGACCGGUGUGAUUACAAAACUAACGACAAAUCCAACUUGACAACUCAUCAGCUGACGCACAAGGCCGUUAAAAAUUUCAUGUGUGCCCAAUGUGAUUUUGCAACUCAUUAUAAAAACAAUUAUGUUCGACAUCUGUUGAUUCACAGGAACAUCAAAACUUUAAAAUGUGACAAGUGUGAUUACGCAACCAAUUACAAAUCGAGUUUGAAUGAACACCUACUAUCGCACACUACUAUCAAAAGUUUAAAAUGUGCCCAAUGUAACUACAGAACCAAUGUCAAAUGCAAUUUGCGAACGCAUCAACUAACCCACAAGACUGUUAAGGACUUUAGGUGUACCCUGUGCGGUUUUGCAAGUCAAUACAAAAGCAAUUAUAAUAAGCAUCUCUUCACUCACAAGACCACCAAAGAUUUAAAGUGUGCCCAGUGCGAUUUUGCAACGCAUUACAAAACUUGUUUAAUUGCACAUUUUAAAAAACACAAAUGAUUAUUAAAUCGUACAUAUUCAAAUGUGGUUUCGCAGUUAACGUCAGUUCAUUCUUUGCUGGGUAGUGAUUAAAAUGGUAGGAUCCAUAUACGUUAAAAAUUCCUGGACAUUCAAAACCUAUGAUAAUGUGUAGCUUUUUUCUUGUAGUGUUAGAUGGAUCACUUAAUUUUGUGAGAGUCAUUCUGAAUGCAUGGGUUUAUUGACGGUGUCAGAGUUAACAUGUUUACGGUAGGUCAGGUUUGUUUCCUUACGUAAUU